AUGAGCUUCGCCAUUGAAUCGCAGGGCGGGACCAACCCGCUCAGCCUCCAAGGUGUAUUGAACACCCUGGUGCUUGCAGCAAGCUCGAACCAGCAGCAGGUUCAAGCGGGUACUGAACAGCUCCAAAACUGGGAGAAGCAGGGCAUGUACCACUCUUUUCUACAGGAUGUCUUCCUUGACCACUCCGUACCGAUCGAAGUCCGUUAUCUUGCAAUCAUCCAGCUGAAAAAUGGCAUUGAUAAAUAUUGGCGCAAGACAGCAGCAAAUGCAAUCAAGCAGGAAGAAAAGCACCACAUCAAGACGAGGGCUUUGGAAGCAGGAAUUGUUGAGCCUGCUCCACUAUUGGCCCUACACAACUCGUUAAUGAUUGCCAAGAUCAUGCGCUUCGAGUUUCCCCAGGACUGGCCCGAUGCUAUCUCGUCUAUCAUAUCUUCCCUGCGAUCCUCAACCCAGCCGGGGGCCAAUUCUCUUCAACUUCCCCGGACCCUUCUCAUUCUACUACAAAUUAUCAAGGAACUAUCAACAGCACGGAUUCAACGAACUAGACACAACCUUCAAUCUGUGUCACCCGAGAUAUUCCAGUUGUUGGGGGGUAUCUACGUGGAGAAAGUCAACCAGUGGGGCUCGAUAUUGGAGCAGGGCGGUGCCGGCGGGGAGGAAUUGCUUCACACGCUGGAACUGAGCUUGGUGUCGCUAAAGGUCCUCCGGCGCUUGAUCAUUGCUGGCUUUGAACAUCCGAGUCGGAACCAAGAAGUGCAGAGCUUCUGGGUGCUUACCCACUCGCACUUCAGCCAGUUUUUGUCCUUUGUGAAUGGGCCCACCAAUCUGCCUGAGCCAGUUCACAAAGCUAUCGAGAAGCAUUUGCUGCAAAUGUCCAAAUUGCAUGUUGAAAUGGCCAAAACCCACCCCGCAUCCUUUGCGCUGCUGCCCGAUAGUAUCCCGCUCGUCCACUCGUAUUGGUCAUUAGUCGUCAAGCUUGGAGAAACGUAUGACAGCCUUGGCGCCGGCGGCGAGGACGAGGACAAGCCAUUGAUAGAGAAGACCGGCCUUCGGGCUCUUCUCUUGAUCCGGGCAUGCGCGAAGAUGGCCUUCAAUCCCGCACAAACAUUCAAGUACCAGACACCGGAAGACAAGGAGGAACGGAAAAGAUCCGUCGAGCUGAUCAAAUCGCAACUAUUCACGCAUGAAUUUGUUGUUAAUGUGAUGGAGCUACUUGUCACGCAAUUCUUCCGCUUCCGCAAGAUCGAUUUCCAAGAAUGGGAAGAGGAACCAGAAGACUGGGAGAAGCGAGAGGAAGAGAACGCCGAUGCAUGGGAAUUCUCAAUCCGUUCUUGCUCAGAGCGACUUUUCCUUGACCUGGUCAUCCACUUCAAGGACCUUCUUAUUCCUCGCCUGUUGACCGUCUUCUACUCUUUCGCAAACACCGACAACCACGAGGUUGCAUUGAAAGACUCGUUGUACUCCGCCAUCGGCCUAGCUGCGGCUAGCCUAGAACAACACUUGGACUUCAAUUCUUUCCUGGAGCAGACAAUGGUGGCUGAAGUUCAAUCCCAAGAGCAGGAGUAUAGACUUUUGAGGAGGCGAAUUGCGCUUGUUCUGGGCCAAUGGGUGCCGGUCAAGCCCGGUGAACUGAACAUGAACGCAGUCUACCAAAUCUUCCAACAUUUGCUUAACAGCGGUGAUCCUUUGAACGAUCUUGUUGUGCGUAUAACAGCUGGACGCCAGCUUCGGAAUGUGCUCGACCCAUAUCUGUUUGCACCUGAAGUCUUUUUGCCAUUUGCACCUAGUAUUCUAGGAAGCCUCAUGUCUCUUGUUCAAGAGACCGAAAGCUCUGAAACCAAAAUGGGACUUUUGGAGACCGUUCGCACUGUAGUGGUCAAGCUCGAAGAUCAUAUUGCGCCCUUUUCUGAUCAAAUCGUCUCUCUGCUUCCCCCGCUAUGGGAAAGCGCAGGAGAAGAAAGUCUCAUGAAGCAGGCAAUUCUCACCUUGCUAUCAUCUCUCAUUGGCUCACUCAAGAAGGAGUCGGUGAGAUAUCACUCUCUCAUCCUUCCGCUGAUUCAAAGCUCGGUGGAACCUGGCUCGGAGGCUAUUGUGUACCUUCUGGAUGAGGCUUUGGAUCUCUGGCAUGCAAUCAUGCAAGCUACACCUGCUCCUGCAUCACCCGAAAUUAUAUCACUUCUGCCCUCCCUCUUCCCCAUUCUGGAGGCUGCAUCAGACACCACACCUCAAGCCCUUCAUAUCCUCGAAUCAUACGCCUACCUUGCGCCUCAGGAUAUUCUGAGUGACCGCUUCAGGUUCCAACUCUUGCAGAUUCUCGAGACACUCCUCAAAUCUACUACCAAACAGCGACUUGGAGUGAUUCCGCGAGUCGUCGAACUCAUCAUCAGAGGUGCCGAGAGUGUCGAUGGAGGCAGUGAAGCAACUUACCGCAUCGUAUCGCAGUCUCUUGUAGAAUCAUCUUUCCUUGCAUCCCUGCUCGAGGGACUAUAUUCAGCCCAUGAGGCUAGCCAGACCUCUGGGCCUAACCGAAAAACCUCUCAUGUGGUCGGUGUUGUCGAGACCGAUUACUACUCCGUGUUAGCACGUCUGGCAUUGGCAAACCCUGCCAUCUUCGCUUCAUCGGUCGCCGCAGCAACCCAUUCGUCCCAAGAACACACACUCACGUGGAUUGUGACCGAAUGGUUCUCCCACUACGACAACAUUGGCAGUGUCAGCCAAAAGAAACUCCAUGCCCUCGCCCUUACACAGCUUCUUGCCCUGCAAGAUACUCCCCUAGACCCCUCCCUACCCCCACCUCCCCCCGCAUAUAUGAUUUCCCAUUUGCAAUCCUACUUUAGCAUGUGGACCGACCUCAUCACCGAGCUAGCAGACGGUGGAACCGACGCCAAUGCCGACUACCUGGUCUGUUGGAACGCGCCAGCCGGGUCCGAAUAUGCUCAGCCAGAAACCAACCAGGAAGCCGACUCGCCCGAGGCUAUCCGACGCAGCGAAUGGCAGUCUGGAGAUGUGAUUCAUCGCUUCAUGAUUCGAGACUUUGUCCGCCACCGCCUCCAGGAAGUCAUCUCUGGCUGCGGUGGAGCCCAGCGGUUCCAAGACGAAUGGCUAGUCAACAUUGACUCGGAUGUGGUUUCUGCGUUUGGAGCUCUGGGUUUGCUCUGA